AAGAAGAAGUUGAGGCUACCAUGAACAUCAUCAAUGGAGAGAGACAACACUUGACUCAGAUGAAGGCUGACAUUGACAGAGAGAGAGAACUGCUUUUGAAUGAAAAGGACAAACUGGAAAAAGAAAGGUCUGAGCUAAUGACAGGAGAACAUGAAAUCAUAUGGAAAAUGGAUGCCAUAGAAACUCUGAAAGUAAAACUCCAAAGGCUGAAUGAAAGAACAAGUGACGACAUCAAACACAAAAUGGACAGUUUACAACAAAACAAUGAAGAUGUAGUAAUUCUGUUCAUGGCACUGAAAGAAAAGUUUGCUAAACUUGAAGAACAGAAAGAAAGCAUGGCUUGUUACACUGAGCUGUUGGGAAGAGAAAGGGAGGGUCUGACAAGUGUACUGUCAGAUAUAGUCAUCCAGAAAGAGGACUUUGAAAAUCUAUGGAAGCAAAAGUUUACGACUGAAAAACUCUAUCUUGACAAACUCAAAGCAGAGAUGAAGGAUGACAGAGAAGAUCUGGACAAAAUGAAUGAGAUGAUACACAGAUCUAAACUGGACUUGAAGCUGAUUAGGUCUGACAUCCAAAAACAAACUGACCUAUUAGAAAAUGAUGAACAACAUAAGAAAGAUGAAAAGGAGAAAUUGGAAACAACCAAGACUGAGCUACAAAAGAAGAAAGAACAGGCAGACAGUCUUUUUGAAGAUAUAAACAGAGAGAAAGUCAUUAUUAAGGAUCUAACUCUUCAGGUUCAGGCACAAAGAAACAAACUUCAGACUGUCAUUGACAAGAUCACAUUAAAAGAAAAAGAACAAGAGGUCCAUGACGACACAAUCAGAAGACUGAAACAAGAACUGGAGACCAGAGAGAAUAGUUUAAAGAAUAUCAACAAGACAAAAGAAGAAGUUGAGGCUACCAUGAACAUCAUCAAUGGAGAGAGAGAAAGCAUCAGUCAGGUAAAAACUGACAUUGACAGAGAGAGAGAAAUACUUUUAAAUGAAAGGGACAAACUUCAGAAUGUGAUGAACAUCACGGCUUUGAAGCAAAAAGAGCAAGAAUUAAAGGAUAAUGACAUCACAAGACAAACUCAAGAACUACAAAUCCAUACGAACUGUGUUUUGGCAGAAAGAGAGGAACUGGAAGUUUUAAGAAAGGACCUCAAAAAUAAGAAACAUGAGGUUGAAGCUGCCAUGAACACCAUGAGUGAAGAGAGAGAACACUUGACUCAGAUGAAGGCUGACAUAGAAAAAGAGAGACAGAUGCUUUUCAAUGAAAAGGACAGAAUUGAAGGACAAUGGUCUGAGCUGAACAUGAGAGAAAAUACACUUGUGAUUAAAGUGAAAUCAAUGACAACUUUGAAAUCAAAAAUUGAAGAUCUUCAUGACAGAAUGAGUGAAGACAUGAAAAACAAAAUCGUCAGAUUGGAACAAAACAAGGAAGAUAUACUGAAACUGGCAAGUGUUCUCGAGGAAAAACAUGAGGCUCUGGAUGUACAUAAAGUUAAUAUGACAUCUUACACUGAGAUACUAGGGAGAGAGAGAGAAGGUUUGAAGAGUGUGAUGUCAGAAAUUGUCAUCCAGAGACAAAACGUUAAACAUCAACUGAAACAAGAGGCUUUGUUGGAACAGACAGAUCUAGUAAAACUAAAGGCAGAACUGGAUCAAAGGACAGAAGAUCUGGAGAGAAGAACUGAAAUGAUGAAACAAGAGAAGCUGGACUUGGAACAAAUGAGAUCUGAAAUCCAGAUACCAUGUGACCUAUUGCAACAAGUUGAACAAGACAUAAAGAUACAAAAAGAACAUUUGGGAAUCACAAAAACUGAACAACAAAAGAUGAAAGAACAUAUAAACAAUCUGUAUGAUGAAAUACACAGAGAGAAAACCACCAUUAAAGAUCUGACCCUUCACAUUCAGGCACAAAGAAACAAACUUCAAAAUGUCAUUGACAAGGUCACUUUAAAAGAAAAAGAACAAGAGGUCCAUGACGACACAAUCAGAAAACUGAAACAAGAACUGGAGACCAGAGAGAACAGUGUAGAAGAAGUUGAGGCUACCAUGAACAUCAUCAAUGGAGAGAGACAACACUUGACUCAGAUGAAGGCUGACAUUGACACAGAGAGAGAACUGCUCUUGAAUGAAAAGGACAAACUGGAAAAAGAAAGGUCUGAGCUAAUGACAGGAGAACAUGAAAUCAUAUGGAAAAUGGAUGCCAUAGAAACUCUGAAAGUAAAACUCCAAAGGCUGAAUGAAAGAACAAGUGACGACAUCAAACACAAAAUGGACAGUUUACAACAAAACAAUAAAGAUGUAGUAAUUCUGUUUACUGCACUGAAAGAAAAGUAUGCUGAACUUGAAGAACAGAAAGAAAGCAUGGCUUGUUACACUGAGCUGUUGGGAAGAGAAAGGGAGGGUCUGACAAGUGUACUGUCAGAUAUAGUCAUCCAGAAAGAGGACUUUGAAAAUCUAUGGAAGCAAAAGUUUACGACUGAAAAACUCUAUCUUGACAAACUCAAAGCAGAGAUGAAGGAUGAAAGAGAAGAUCUGGACAAAAUGAAUGAGAUGAUACACAGAUCUAAACUGGACUUGGAGCUGAUGAAGUCUGACAUCCAAAAACAAACUGACUUAUUAGAAAAAGAUGAACAACAUAAGAAAGAUGAAAAGGAGAAAUUGGAAACAACCAAGACUGAGCUACAAAAGAAGAAAGAACAGGCAGACAGUCUUUUUGAAGAUAUAAACAGAGAGAAAGCCAUUAUUAAGGAUCUAACUCUUCAGGUUCAGGCACAAAGAAACAAACUUCAAAAUGUCAUUGACAAGAUCACAUUAAAAGAAAAAGAACAAGAGGUCCAUGACGACACAAUCAGAAAACUGAAACAAGAACUGGAGACCAGAGAGAACAGUUUACUUACAGAAAGAAAAGAACUGGAACUUUGGAGGAAGAAUAUCAACAAGACAAAAGAAGAAGUUGAGGCUACCAUGAACAUCAUCAGUGGAGAGAGAGAAAGCAUCAGUCAGGUAAAAACUGACAUUGACAGAGAGAGAGAAAUACUUUUAAAUGAAAGGGACAAACUUCAGAAUGUGAUGAACAUCACGGCUUUGAAGCAAAAAGAGCAAGAAUUAAAGGAUAAUGACAUCACAAGACAAACUCAAGAACUACAAAUCCAUACGAACUGUGUUUUGGCAGAAAGAGAGGAACUGGAAGUUUUAAGAAAGGACCUCAAAAAUAAGAAACAUGAGGUUGAAGCUGCCAUGAACACCAUGAGUGAAGAGAGAGAACACUUGACUCAGAUGAAGGCUGACAUAGAAAAAGAGAGACAGAUGCUUUUCAAUGAAAAGGACAGAAUUGAAGGACAAUGGUCUGAGCUGAACAUGAGAGAAAAUACACUUGUGAUUAAAGUGAAAUCAAUAGCAACUCUGAAAACAAAAAUUGAAGAUCUUUAUGACAGGAUGAGUGAAGACGUGAAAAACAAAAUCAUGAGAUUGGAACAAAACAAGGAAGACAUACUGAAACUGGCAAGUGUUCUCGAGGAAAAGCAUGAGGCUCUGGAUGUACAUAGAGUUAAUAUGACAUCUUACACUGAGAUACUAGGGAGAGAGAGAGAAGGUUUGAAGAGUGUGAUGUCAGAAAUUGUCACCCAGAGACAAGAGGUGGAAAAUCAACUGAAACAAGAGGCUUUGUUGGAACAGACAGAUCUAGUAAAACUAAAGGCAGAACUGGAUCAAAGGACAGAAGAUCUGGAGAGAAGGACUGAAAUGAUGAACCAAGAGAAGCUGGACUUGGAACAAAUGAGAUCUGAAAUCCAGAUACCAUGUGACUUAUUGCAACAAGUUGAACAAGACAUGAACAUACAAAAAGAACAUUUGAGAAUUACAAAAACUGAACAACAAAAGAUGAAAGAACAUAUAAACAAUCUGUAUGAUGAAAUACACAGAGAGAAAACCACCAUUAAAGAUCUGACCCUUCACAUUCAGGCACAAAGAAACAAACUUCAAAAUGUCAUUGACAAGGUCACUUUAAAAGAAAAAGAACAAGAGGUCCAUGACGACACAAUCAGAAGACUGAAACAAGAACUGGAGACCAGAGAGAACAGUGUACUUACAGAAAGAAGAGAACUGGAACGUUGGAGGAAGAAUAUCAACAAGACAAAAGAAGAAGUUGAGGCUACCAUGAACAUCAUCAAUGGAGAGAGACAACACUUGACUCAGAUGAAGGCUGACAUUGACACAGAGAGAGAACUGCUUUUGAAUGAAAAGGACAAACUGGAAAAAGAAAGGUCUGAGCUAAUGACAGGAGAACAUGAAAUCAUAUGGAAAAUGGAUGCCAUAGAAACUCUGAAAGUAAAACUCCAAAGGCUGAAUGAAAGAACAAGUGACGACAUCAAACACAAAAUGGACAGUUUACAACAAAACAAUGAAGAUGUAGUAAUUCUGUUUACUGCACUGAAAGAAAAGUUUGCUAAACUUGAAGAACAGAAAGAAAGCAUGGCUUGUUACACUGAGCUGUUGGGAAGAGAAAGGGAGGGUCUGACAAGUGUACUGUCAGAUAUAGUCAUCCAGAAAGAGGACUUUGAAAAUCUAUGGAAGCAAAAGUUUACGACUGAAAAACUCUAUCUUGACAAACUCAAAGCAGAGAUGAAGGAUGACAGAGAAGAUCUUGACAGAAUGAAUGAGAUGAUACACAGAUCUAAACUGGACUUGAAGCUGAUUAGGUCUGACAUCCAAAAACAAACUGACCUAUUAGAAAAAGAUGAACAACAUAAGAAAGAUGAAAAGGAGAAAUUGGAAACAACCAAGACUGAGCUACAAAAGAAGAAAGAACAGGCAGACAGUCUUUUUGAAGAUAUAAACAGAGAGAAAGUCAUUAUUAAGGAUCUAACUCUUCAGGUUCAGGCACAAAGAAACAAACUUCAGACUGUCAUUGACAAGAUCACAUUAAAAGAAAAAGAACAAGAGGUCCAUGACGACACAAUCAGAAGACUGAAACAAGAACUGGAGACCAGAGAGAACAGUGUA